ACUGAUUAUGCAGGGAAAGGAGUGAAAUGACGAUAAAGCACUGUGCAAAGAAACCAAGCUGGGGAAAAAAAACAGAAGAGGUGAUUUCACUUGGAACAGCAUGUCAGGGCGCAGCGUUCGGCUGAAGUCAGUUCCCGUUCAAAGCCUCUCUGAGCUGGAGCGAGCUCGACUACAGGAAGUGGCUUUUUAUCAGUUACAGCAGGACUGUGACCUGGGCUGUCAGAUUACUAUCCCCAAAGAUGGUCAAAAGAGGAAGAAGUCAUUAAGAAAGAAACUGGACUCAUUAGGGAAGGAGAAGAACAGAGACAAAGAAUUUACUCCCCAGGCUUUUGGAAUGCCUUUGUCCCAAGUGAUUGCUAAUGACCGGGCCUACAAACUCAAGCAAGACUCUCAGAGGGAAGAGCAAAAAGAUGUUUCAGAUUUUGUGGCCUUUCUCUUACCAUUUGGCUCUAAAAGACAGAACAAAGAACUUUCAAGCAGUAACUCAUCUCUUAGCUCAACCUCAGAAACACCAAACGAAUCCACUUCUCCUAACACACCAGAGCCAGCACCACGAGCAAGGAGGCGUGGCGCAAUGUCUGUGGACUCUAUUACAGAUCUUGAUGACAAUCAAUCACGACUGUUAGAAGCUCUCCAGCUUUCUUUGCCAGCAGAAGCUCAGAGCAAGAAAGAAAAGGCAAGAGAUAAGAAGCUGAGUCUGAACCCUAUUUACAGGCAGGUUCCUCGGCUUGUAGAUAGUUGCUGCCAGCACUUGGAAAAACAUGGUCUCCAGACAGUAGGAAUAUUCAGAGUUGGAAGCUCAAAAAAGAGAGUAAGACAGUUACGUGAAGAAUUUGACCGAGGCAUAGAUGUUGUGUUAGACGAAGAGCACAGCAUUCAUGAUGUUGCUGCUUUAUUAAAGGAAUUCCUACGUGACAUGCCUGACCCACUUCUCACCAGAGAACUUUAUACACCUUUCAUCAACACUCUCUUAUUAGAGCCAGAUGAACAGCUAAGCACCUUACAGCUUCUCAUUUAUCUCCUACCUCCCUGUAACUGCGAUACCCUACACCGACUGCUGCAGUUCCUCUCCACAGUGGCUGGCCACGCAGAAGACACCACAGACAAAGAUGGCCAAGAGAUUACUGGGAACAAAAUGACGUCACUUAACCUGGCUACUAUCUUUGGCCCUAACCUGCUGCACAAGCAGAAAUCUACAGACAAAGAAUUCACGGUUCAGAGUUCAGCUCGAGCUGAAGAGAGUACUGCUAUCAUAGCUGUUGUACAAAAGAUGAUUGAAAACUAUGAAGCCCUUUUCAUGGUUUCCCCUGACCUACAGAAUGAAGUGCUUAUUAGCCUGUUAGAGACUGACCCAGAUGUUGUGGACUAUUUAUUGAGGAGGAAAGCUUCCCAGUCAUCAAGCCCUGAGAUGCUGCGGUCAGAAGGCUCCUACUCCACGGGAGGAAGACAUUCUUCCACAGAUUCCAACAAAGCUUCAAGCGGAGAUGUCUCCCCUUACGACAACAACUCCCCGGUACUGUCUGAACGCUCGCUGGUGGCAACACAAGAAGAGGUUGCCCUCAGUCCAGACAAGCUGUAUAAGGUACCUGAACAGUACACCCUGGUUGGUCAUUUGCAGCCUAAGACAAAAGAGAAUUCUUCUGCAUCACAGGCUGGAAAAGAUGUUUCAGAAGAUAAUUUUGAUAUCUGGGGUACCUGGCAUUCAACGCUGAAAAGUGGCUGCAAAGAUCCAGCAAUGACAGGUUCUUACGGAAACAUUUAUGAAAGUAGCUUGCUGCGACCCGGACAGUGCUCUCUUUCCCAAGGGAACCUCUCCAUGUAUUCUCCUCGGUGGCAGGGCAGCUCCUCCGAAUUGGACAGCGGCAGGCAGGUCAUGCGAAGGAGUCAAACCACGGCUGCCAUCCCCGAGUGUAAGCUCCGUCCCACGGUGUCUCGAGUGUGCAGCAACCCGCAGAUCGAAGCGGGCAGCAGGAGUUCAGAGCAGUCACAUUCGAAAGCUGAGCGGCACUUGACUUUAAGCAGUGCAGAGGACCUCACUGAGCAUGACUCGAAGCCGGGUUGUUUGCAAAGCUCAGCCAAGGCCUCCUGCAGAAAAGAGAGGCCGCCCCCCCCGUACCCCGGGCGGCCGGCCCCGCAGACCCCGGUGGCUAACGUCUAUUCCACGGCAGCUCAUACGCAGAACAGUACAAACGUUUCCGAGCCGGACUGGCAUGAUUGGCAAAGAGAGAGGUGGCAAAUCUGGGAGCUUUUAUCCGCUGAUAACCCUGACGCCCUCCCGGAAACCCUUGUAUGAUCAGACUCUGCAGAACUGCCGGUCGUACCUGCGCCCCCGCCUCUCAUAGGAAAGCAACAGUGACAUUGGAAAACGAGAGCUAGCUUGUUUUAUACCAACUAAAUUACAUAUAAUUUUUUUUUAACUUCGUUCACUUUAAUUUCUUAACAGCACUGUCGAGCAGUCCAUUUACAAAUACAGUACGUUCCUGUUUUGCAGCAAGCUUUUAAGAAAGAAAAGCAAGAUGAAAAUUUUAGUGUAAUAACUCUGUAUGCAUAUGCUGUGUAUAAGAUAAAACUAUUGCUUUGAUGUUGCUAAAAGUAUAUUUAUAUAUCUGCAGUUCUGAUGGUUGUAUAUUCUGUAAUGGGUAUUGUAUGAUAAUCAUAUAUUAUGUUUUCAUAUGCAGAUGUCAAUCAAUCAUGACUGCUCUUUUUUUUUUUAAAUCACUGCACUUACAUUACCGUGAUGUGCAUUGGAAUUCUAUAGAAAGUGCACAAGCUGGUUUCUGUGCUUAUUAAAAAAAAAUCUGUUAAAGGGGGAAAUUGUCCUUCUUUUCACUGCCUAUGGAAAAACGCUAAAAUAGGGUGGAACAUGAAAAGCCAUAUAUUUUAUAAGGGUAGUAGUGAGCUAGAGGGGAAAAUACCAAAUAUUUUUUCUUAUAAAUAUAUUUGCAAACAAAAUUAAAAUUUGAUACAAGAUUGUAAAAAUAUUUUUUUAGAUUCUGAUAGGAAGCAAUUCAGAGACUCAGUUAAGAGCAAGGCCGUGCCUAAACCAACUAAAUGAUGUUGUGCAAAGAUCUGCCAUCCCAAUCUAGAAGAACAGCAAUUUUAUGUAUACAGUAUAUAAUAUAUGUAUUUAUAAAUGUAUGAUUUUAUGUAUUGUUCUAAAAGAAUAAACUGGAAUCCAAAUUAGAAAUCCAAUUUUAGAAAGUCAAACCCAGUAAAUUAAGUAAGUUGUGUAGUGACUGAGAAAGAAUAUGGCUUUUCCUUUAAAAUAACAAAGCUUCAGCAUUAAGAAAGUUAGACAAAACAAAGAAAAGCUUUAAAGACAGAAGGAUACUUACAAAAGGGAGUCACGCAGAAUUUCAGAGAUGAAUGUGACAUUUGGAGAAGCUCACAGCUGCGUUUCUAUAAAUAUUGUGCCAAAGUCUGAGGAAAUAGUACUUUUUCAAUAACUGUAUGUUGCAUUGUUAAAUGUUGAUGUUACACACAUUCUGGUGUUUUUUAAUUGCAGAAAUGUUUAUGGCCAGCAGGUGGCAAUGUACUUCAGUAUUCUAGGAGAAUUCUUUUUAUCACUUGAUAAGGGAAAGUGUAUCAUAUCAAAAAAUUUUAUAAAACAUACUAGUCUUAAUGGAGUUGAAGACUUAUUCAGUGAUGUUGUCUUUAAGUUCUCUCUUGUGCCAUAAUGAUGGAAUAAAAAUCUAAGCAAAAUAAUGAGCAUAAUUUAGCUUUUUUUUAAAAUAAGCAUUAUGUAAAAAAUUAAUGCGCUUUAUUAUAUUUCUUGAGUACAUAUUUCCAAAACAUUCUAAAGAUUUGGGAAGUUAAUAGCUACUUUCAAAUAUGACUAAAACAUGCAAGAACUAUGGUUUUACUUGAGUUUUGGGGUUUAAAAUGCAUCAUAAAAAAAGCCUACCCAUCAUCUCCAUUUUUCCAAGUAAUAAGAUAAUAGCACCAACCCAAAAGAAAAGGAGCAGGAGUUGGACUUUGGCCACUGUGUUACUGUCAGGCUGGUCAGCUCUUUUUAUGAAUAUGGCAUUCAAAACAAAUCUCAGCUCUGUGCUUCUGGUGGCUAUAAGGCUUUUCCAAAUAGCAUCUAGUUGCCAGAUGCGAUAGGGAGAGAGUCUUGCAUGUAGCUUUUUGCAGCAACUCUCUGUUAUUUUAUUACCAAAAAAAAAAAAUCCCAAUAUAAAAGAUAGUGGCAUAUCAGCAAGGGCACAAAAGAGCUCUCACAAGCCACCUUCAGGACUUGCUCUUGUCCCAGAGUCAUCCCAGGCUUGAUGCAUAUUUGCUACAAUGAAUUAAACCUACCACAGUAGUCUUCAAAAAAGACAUAGUUUAAAUCCUCUGGCAGAAGAUGCUCUUUUCUAUAGACAUCCAUCUCUCCAUUUUAAAUCCCUCUCUAAAUAUAGAAGCACCUGCACAUGUAAAUAUUUUUCAGUGAAAUACUUAUACUGAUAUCUCAGCUUCAUGAAGAGAUUGCUUUUUACCAGUACCGAUCUCUGUAUAUAUCUGUAUAUAUGUGUAUAUUACCACCUAUAUGCGUUUUAUGCAAAAAUAGAACAAAAAUGCAAAUCACUGCUGGAGGACAGCCUUGACUGUACACGCUUCAGCAUACAGAGGCUUGGAAGAAAAUAGUUACGGAAUAAAUUUUGAGAAAUUAAAAAUAA